AUUUGGUUCACACCUGACACCCCUAUUUACGGUGACAAGUUAGUCGGUCGUGGCGUUGUUGGAAAUAAGGAGUCCCCAGGUUGUGUCGACCAGCGAAUAUAUUCGCUGUGCGCCAAGGUGUCUGCAGCCCAGACCGGAUAGACCAAGAACGCGGCUGCACUCUGCAUGAGAUACCACAAGAUCCCGGAAUGUAUAUUAUGUCGCUAGAGAGUGUCACCUAGCGACAAAUUCAUAGCCACAGCCCAUUAGGGCUCUAAUCCCUUUCGAAGUUUAUUGUUUAUUGUUCCUUGCCAGAGGUUGUCAAUAGUGGAAUAUUUAUAUGGAUACCAUUUCGUCCAACAACACCAUUCAGCGUCAGUGGAGGAUUUUACUUAUGAUACAAAGAAAAAACCUUGGUCUGGAGCUGGCUUAAUUCUGAUAUCCAGUCUCAGACAGUUUUCUGUUGCCAUCUCAAUACUUGUGUGAAUACAGCCUUCAAUAAUCAUAUAUGUACCACAUGAAGGAAUACACGUCUUAUUUGUUGGGAAAUACUACACAUUUGGACAUACCCUAUGAACCGGAUGAGCGGAGAGCGAGCGGUACCACAGGCAGCAGGUAGGCGUCCGCUUUUGUCCACGUUUGUCGGAAAUAACCGGCACAUGCUUCAGGAGAUCAGAGACAAUCUCAGCCAUUUGAGAAAAAACCAAGAGGGAAAUGCAGCAGAUCUGGCUAACAUCAAGCCCGAGUUAUCCCAAAGCACACCAAACUUGGUGGAUAAAAGUGCUGCCAAGAUGACCCGUCUGGAUUUAUACCACCAGAAGGCGUUGGCCGAGAUUCGGGAUAGUCUUCGGCCCUUCCAGACUGUGAGUGAUACCAGUAGCACUGCCAGCAGUAGCUCGAGCUCACAGGCCAAUGGAGACAUCGAUGUCAACAAGCAGAUGCUGCAACAACUUGUGUUGUGUGGGAUUGACGAGGAUAUUGCCAGUAAGGGGCUAAAGAUGUGUAACAACCGGAGUGUAGAACUGGCCAUUGAGAGCAUCCACAGACUGCUGUGCCAACAGAAGGAGGGCAAGAAUGGAAUCACCAAAGGCUACAGUGGGUAUAAAGUACAUCGGAAGCCCAGUUUCUCCAGUAGCCCGGCAGCAUCAGACACAACAAGUGUGCGAUCUGACAGCCCAAGUCUCUCAAGCCUCGGCCGCCAGUACCAGGAAUCAUCUCGCGGACAGACCCCGAUGAUGAACGGUCAUCAAACUCCACCCCCACUGCCGCCACGUGUGCCAAUUGUGUCGCAUACCCCACCCCGUGGACAGACACCCCCACCCCCUGGGCCACAACCGCAGUCUGACUCAGGGGGUAGCAUUGGUCAUCCCUCCUCUGUGCUUAGCUCUGGUCAGUCAGGAAACCAACAGGUUGUGAUCACCCAGGGUCACGUGAAGGAGAUGAUCAAGAUCAUGGGUCGUGAAGGGGGUAGUGUAAGCAGACAGCAACAACAGCAGCAGCAGCAGCAGCAACAGCAACAACAGCAUCAAACCAUGUACCGCACAGGGCAGUAUAUUCAUCCCCAGCAAUCAAGUCAAAUCAACAGUGGGCCAGUGACUCCGCAGCGCGGUAUGAGUCCAGUGCCGUCGGGCAGACCUCCAGUAAUAAUGCAUAAUGGACAGCCACAGACUGUUCCGCAAACUGCCUCAGUAACCCAGCAGUUCAAAGGUUUAACAAUAUCCCAGAAUGGGGCGAAUGGUAGCAAUGGGAACACCAGGUUAACUAUAAACUUUUCCCCUGGCCACCCUCCGCCACCCUAUUCUCAGCCCCAACCAUCACGCUCCACUGUUGUGCAUAUUCAGGGCAACCCGCCUUCCUCGUCCUCCCAUAUUCCAGACUAUUCUGUAAACGAAACCCAGAUAACUGUCAAGAAUGGAACGUCACAAAUGACAGGGGACAAUGUACAGAUUCACUUCCCUAAGAAGGUGGCCGGACCACCAGUGUCUGCCGCUAUGCGUGCAUUUGAUCAGCGCCAUGCACCAAUUAUUAUGCAAUCAGUGAAAAGUGAGAAGGUGACAAAACCGCAGCCACAGACAGCCACAGGUCCCAUGUCUCCCCCCAGCCAGCCUACCAGCACAUCUGGGGGGUCCUACAUAUCAUCGGUUCAAGCUCAGAUCAAUGCACACCAGUCUGCUCAACCACCUCCCCUGCCACAGAGCAAGAACACACGCAAUGUGGAAAUUCAAAUCACACGAAACCCUCAAAAUGGAGGGCAUUAUAUUCCCGAACAGGUGGCUCACCUUCAGCAGCAACACCAACAUCAACAACAGCAACAGCACAGACCAACAAUUAAGAUUCAAAUUGCAAAUAAUAAGAGUCAGCAGCACCAGCAUCCGUAUGUUCCCAACCACUGUCAAAGUGUUCAGAUACCAAAUUUCGGACAUAAUUAUGACUUUUAUCCUCGGUCAGCUUCUGACACGCCUUCUACUCCACGUUCAGACUCUCCUGUGUCGAGGACAACCAACCAGUCUCCUUCUGUGUUAUCAACUACUUCUACCCCUUCAACAAAUUCUGAUGUUCCUGACAAGCCACCUCCACCCUACCCAGCAUGGUAUCCGUCGCACGCACAUUUACCACAAAGUCAGCCUCCCAUUCCGCCACGCGUUCCUCUAACGCCACACGCAAAACCUCCUCCACCUCCUCCCCCAAGCAGUCAAUUCCAGGCACACAUGGGGUCAAGACCACCCCCUCUUCCUCCACAUAUGUCUUCCCAGUUUCAGCCAGUGCCAAGUAUGUCCCCCUCUUCUCAGCCUCAACCCCCCGGGCAGUUUGUAUCCCAGGGUCAUCACUUCUCAGCAAUAUCCUCGCAGACGACCGUGUCGCCCAUGGGCGUCUCACGGUACCCUCCCCCAGCGCCUGCCACGCCCACAUCAGACUGCUCAAGUUGUCACCAUACAUCAGAACAAAAUGAUGAAACAGACACUGAAACGAUUUCCUCAGAUACCAGUACUAGUAUAUCACAAGAAAAGCACAGAUGUAUGUCUCCUAUUCCAGAGAGGCGACCGGAUUAUCGUGAACGUGACCGCUUAAGAAGUGACACUAAAGUGCGGAAUUAUUCGCCUCAGGCAUUUAAAUUCUUCAUGGAACAACAUGUAGAGAACGUACUGAAGUCAUAUCAGCAGCGUCUUCAUCGACGGAUGCAGCUUGAGAACGAGAUGACCAAAGUAGGGUUGUCGGAGGAGGCCGCUCGGCAAAUGAGAAGGAUGCUCACCCAAAAAGAAUCCAACUACAUUCGAUUAAAAAGAGCCAAGAUGGACAAGUGCAUGUUCGAAAAGAUCAAAACACUUGGCGUUGGAGCAUUUGGGGAGGUUGCGUUAGUGCGAAAGAAGGACGUAGCAACACUUUAUGCAAUGAAGACGUUACGAAAGAGUGAUGUGUUAAAACGGAACCAGGUUGCUCAUGUGAAAGCUGAACGUGAUAUUUUAGCAGAAGCUGACAAUGAAUGGGUAGUUAAACUGUAUUACUCAUUCCAAGAUCGGGAUCACCUUUACUUUGUGAUGGAUUAUGUUCCUGGUGGCGACUUAAUGGGGCUGCUCAUUAAGUUUGAGAUUUUAGAAGAACCUCUGGCAAGGUUCUAUAUUGCUGAGCUAGUUUUGGCAAUAGAAAGUGUUCACAAGAUGGGAUUUAUUCAUAGAGACAUCAAACCAGACAACAUCCUAAUUGAUAAAGAGGGGCAUAUCAAAUUGACUGAUUUUGGUUUAUGUACCGGAUUUCGAUGGACCCACAAUUCCAAAUACUAUCAAAAAGAUGGCACUCACGCACGCCAGGAUUCAAUGGAAGUAACGUGUACUCUAGACGAGCGGUGCAGAUGUGAAAUACUCAAACCAUUAGAACGACGUCGGCAACGUGCAAGGCAGCGUUGUCUCGCUCACUCACUGGUCGGAACACCAAAUUACAUUGCGCCUGAGGUCUUGCUUCGACAAGGCUAUACCUCUUGCUGUGAUUGGUGGAGCGUCGGGGUGAUCCUGUUCGAAAUGCUUGUGGGUCAUCCCCCUUUCUACGCCGCCACGCCAGCAGAGACGCAAUAUAAGGUGAUAAACUGGGCUGAGACAUUAAAGAUUCCACCAGAGUCUAAUUUGUCUAGCGCAGCCAGCAACCUUAUUCUGCGUCUAUGCUGCGGCCCUGAGGAGCGACUUGGACGAAACGGAGCCAUGGAAGUCAAGAAACACCCAUUCUUCUCUGAUAUCAACUAUGAUGGCCUUCGUCAAUCACCUGCACCGUUUGUUCCAACGAUCAGAUAUGCAACAGACACUUCCAACUUUGAUCCUGUUGAUCCCGAGAAACUUCGGAAUAGUGACUCCGAAGAUGCAAAGAGAGUGGACUCAAAAUAUGAAAAUGGAAAACAUCCUGAACAUGCGUUCUUUGAGUUUACAUUCAGACGUUUUUUUGAUGAUGGAGGACAUCCGUGUCCUCUCAUGAACCCAGACGCCGAGUCCAACUCUCCUGUAUAUGUUUAGCAUCUGCUAAACUUUCUCGUCUUAACCUAAUUGUGAUAACUAACAAGACUGACCAAGUGCCUGACUGAGAUUCAACAUGGCCACUCACAGCAGACGCAAGGAAUACUGAAGAAAAUGUGAUAUGAACAUAUGUCGUUGGAGACAUAAGCCACUGAACAGGACUUAACUAACUACGACACAAACCCGACAACGACUGUAACCCGUAUGAUGACAAACGUCCAACUUUCGAUGCUGCUGUCUGUGACGCAGCUCUGAUGAAAGUAACGCCCUACUUCGAACGCCAUCUCCUGCAGAGUAAACUGUCCUCUCUGCCGUGGACUCCUUGCAACGUCGAGCAACGACCAAGCAGAGAAGGAAUUACCUUGGUGCAAACUUCAUAGAAGAAGAUAUUCAUGAAAAAAAAAUGAAAAAAAAGUUAAAGUCUGUUCAGUGUGUCGUCUUGCUGUGAGUGGCUCAGUGAUAUCUUUCCAUAAAAUGGAAACGUCCACCAUUUGUCAGGCUAGGGGGCGUGGCUUCCCUUGCCUGUCUGGUGAGUCUGCCUGUUGGGCAGGUAACUGUUAAGCUUCUAUUAGUGAUAUUUGUUAUGCAGGUCAUGUUAGAGAGUGACUUGAUGGACCUAAUGUCUGACUGUACAUAGCAGGGCUGAGUGGGGAGCAGUGUGAAGCUCAGAAUGAGUGCAUCAUCGUGUUAUCGCGCUACAGCUAGAUCUAAGUCGCCAACUCAUCCUUUCCCUCCUAAACGCCAUCUUGACUUUCCUCUGCGACAAUUUGAGACUCUUAGUGUGCCUUCUUCACCCUCUAACUCUUUCAGCGACAAGUCUCUUGUCAGCAAGGACAAAUUAUAUUUCAACAUGAGAAAUGAUUGCUGAAAGAGUUAACAUAUUUUUUUUUAUAAAUUGCUUUACAGAAUCUGACAGAUAAAAGCAUUAUCUGUAUGUAACAUUUGUCAUACCGUCCAACUGUUCAUUUUGUUCAUCCUUUAGAUUUUUCCGCGGAUCAUGUUUGUAGACCUCCUAUCACAAAUAUUCAAAUUUGCUGAGUCUCGAGUUCUUGCAAAGGAAAUUUAAUUUCUUGAUGUACAUAAUCAGCAUGGCCAUAUUAUAUAUCAUGCACUGCACAGGCAGUAAAUGUGCAGAAGUGCACUUUUUGUACAGAAUGUUAGAAGCCCAUGCAAUCUGCUGCAUAUCUGCCUGUGUGUGCUGGCAUGCCGAAGUGUUUGUGUAUGUCGCCAGCCUAUGUAUGCCGUCUGCCGAAACACAGCUGUGUAUGUCUUCUGCCUACAUGCCUGUGUAUGCCGUCUGCUUGCACGUGUAUGCCGUCUGAUUGCAUGUGUAUGCCGUCUGCCUACAUGCCUGUGUACGCCGUCUGCUUGCACGUGUAUGCCGUCUGCUUGCAUGUGUAUGUCGUCUGCCUACAUGCCUGUGUAUGCCGUCUGCUUGCACGUGUAUGCCGUCUGCUUGCAUGUGUAUGCCGUCUGCCUACAUGCCUGUGUACGCCGUCUGCUUGCAUGUGUAUGCCGUCUGCUUACAUGUGUAUGCCGUCUGCCUACAAGCCUGUGUAUGCCGUCUGCCUACAAGCCUGUGUAUGCUGUCUGCCUACACACCUGUGUUCGGCAUCUGCAUAUAGCCUGUGUAUGUCAUCUGCCUACACGCCUGUGCUUAUUAGCUUGUACAGAGGUGGGCAGGGCACGCCAACCAGUAUGUUAAUAUGUACAUAGUCCGGCUGUGUGUCUGCCCGGCUGUAGUACUGUAUAAAGUGAUGGGGAGUAGCCAUGGCUACACUGUACAGAGCAGUGAAGAUGGGAUCUGUAAGAAAAGGCAAUAUUCUUCAAUAAAAUGUUAUUAAACAA